UACAACAAUAAUUGUGUUUCCUGUUUUUAAAAGCGACGAUUUAGUGACGAAGAUGAAUAGCAACAUUUGUAUCGUCGAUCAUUCUUCUGGGAACCGAUGUAUUCAUAUCCAUAAUAACGGCGAAAAUGUCACGCUGGGUGAUUUAUUAAGAUCACCAUCCUCUAAUAUGAACUAUUCAGAAGAAGAUGUAUAUAUAACCAGCAAUGGAAAAAUAGUUCAUUUCCGUGAUUCCCUUCAGGCGGGUGGUGUGUACCAUGUCAUCCUGAAACUGCUGGGGGGGAAAGGAGGGUUUGGAUCCAUGCUGAGAGCCAUUGGAGCCCAAAUUGAGAAAACUACUAACCAUGAAGCCUGUCGGGACUUGAGUGGACGACGUAUGCGAGAUGUUAAUAAUGAGAAACAGUUAAAAGAAUGGAUUGGAAAGAAAGCCCAAAAGGAGAAAGAAGAGGAAGAAAAAAGACAGGAGCGCCUUGCUAAGCGACGAGCGUUGCCUAAUCACAAGUUUGAUGACCCUCAGUAUGACCAACAAAAGAAUCUUGUUGCUGAAAAUUUAGAGGAUGCGCUCCAAAAAGGUUUACAAAAAGCGCAAACCAUGCCUGGACCAUCUCAUAGUCUGGGAGCAGCCCCUGUCUCGUCUAGUUCAUCAGAGUGUCGGAAAAGAACAACAGAUUCACAACCACACAAGCCAGCAAAGGUUAAAAAGACCACAGAAUGGCUUGGUUUUGACAUUGAAGACCUGAGUGACAGUGACGAGAAUGAUGACAUUUCAUGUACAGUGUCAGGGAGGGAACCAGUUAACUCCAACAGCAGUGACAGUACACACUGUACGGACAAUGGUGUUGCAAAAGAUAUGGAAACAGGUGACAUUAAAAACUUGGAUGAGAGUGAACACAGUGGUUCUGAGAAUGUCAAAAACAGUAAUUCAGAGAAUAUAAGCUUGGAUAAGACAGAGACUCUAAAAGAUUCCAGUGGGAACCGACUGUUGACAGCUUUAAGGGAAACCCCUCCUAAACUCACGGAAACGCUCCAGCAACAAUCUGAACAGGAUGAACUGUUGGAUCUUGACCGUAUUUCAUCUGUUGAGGAACUAGAGGCCCUGAGUCUAGACAAGUUAAAGAAGGAACUGAUGGCCAGGGGGAUGAAAUGUGGAGGGACACUUCAGCAGAGAGCUGAGAGACUGUACAGUGUUAGAGGGUUGACCUCUGAUCAAAUUAAGCCAUCUCUGUUGGCUAAAAGAACAUGAGUUCCGGCUUCAGAUGACAAUUUUAAGAAAUAGAAAAUCAAUGACAUAAAGGCUAGCAGAAUGUAUCUUGCAAAUAUACGAUAAAUUCUCAGCGGCCAUGUUAUGCACAUGUGUGUUCUCCAUCCCAAUUGGACCGGGAAUGGUCAGGCAAUGGUAGGAUAUCCAAUAUGUCUGCUUUAAAGGUAGAACUUUGUCCCAUCAAUAUUCUGUAGACAGGUCUUUGUGAAAUAUUUUCCUGGUCACCUUUUUGUUCGUAAAAAGCUAAAAUUACAUUAUACAUGUAGUAGGUUGCAGGCCCUUUGGGAGAGCCAGAACAGCAAAUUUUAAUAUUACACAUAUCCUGACCACUAGCAUAUAGGAAUAAGCUUUUUAGGUCACCUGAGACAAAGUCUCAAGUGACCUAUUCUAAUCCCCUUUUGUCCGUCGUCGUGCGUCGUCCGUCCGUAAACAAUUUACAUUUUUGACUU